AUGUCCACGAUCGCACACUCGCUGCGCGACUAUCGCUCUCCGACCCGACCGCAGCUCUUCGCACACGCCUUCUCCCUGCCAGCGGGAGAAUCACCCAUCAUAGAUGCAGAGAUCACCUCGUCGGUCCUGUCGCUCUCAGCCGCGACCAAGGAUGGAUUGCAGGAAGAUCAGGUCUAUGCGGGUCGAUUGACCCUCACACAGUCCUUCCUGUGCUUUGCGAGUCAGGGCGAUCGUGGCCGUAGCUGUCGAAUGAACCUGCCGCUAUGGUGCGUGCGCCGCGUCGAACGUCUCAAUACCAAGGGCACCGUCUUCGCCCUCAGCAUCGUCGUGUGGCACGGUAUGAAGAUCAUCCUUCAACUUAAUGCGCUGCGACCCACUUGCGAGCACUUCUGCGCCAUCCUGCGCGAUCAACUCCGCGCUCAGUUGGGCAACAUGAAGCUGCUCAAGCCGUUCCUCGCUGGCUGCUACAGCGAGUUUCUUAUUUCGGACGACCUCUCCGAUCCCAAGGGCAAGCGCACGGUCACAGAUACAACCUCUACACCAGCAUCCGAAGCGGACGAACCUUCCCUCGGUGCAUCGGCGGAUCCUUCGGGUGCGACCGCCGUCACCGAUGCGUCUGCAGACAAGGAGUCUCCAAAGUAUCAAGCUGGACUAGGCGCCGUCUUUGGCUUCCCAGGCGAUGCGCGCAAGUUGAGGGAGAAGAGCAAGCUCAAGCUCUGGCGCGACUACUUUUUUACACACGGGCGCAACCUCACCUUGCUGCGAUAUCCGCAAUUCUUGCGUCUCGUGCAGGUCGGCCUCCCGAAUCGACUUCGCGGAGAGAUCUGGGAGCUUACCAGCGGAUCCAUCUAUAACCGGUUUGCGCACGCCGGCGAAUACCAAGCCAUUCUCAAACGAUACGAAGGUAUCACCAGCACGAGCACCGAGGAGAUCGAGAAGGACCUCAAUCGCAGUCUGCCCGAAUAUCCAGCCUAUCAGACUCCCGAAGGCAUCGAGACGCUACGUCGGGUUUUGGUGGCGUACAGCUGGAAGAACCCAGAAUUGGGCUACUGCCAAGCGAUGAACAUUGUCGUAGCGGCCAUCCUGAUUUACAUGAGCGAGGAGCAGUGCUUCUGGCUGCUCGACACGUUGUGCGAGAGGCUGCUACCCGGCUACUAUACGCAGUCCAUGUCCGGCACGCUGCUCGACCAAAAGGUGUUCGAGAAUCUGGUGCAGCGCACGCUGCCCAUGAUCCACGAACACUUUGUCAAGACCGACAUUCAGCUGAGCGUGGCGUCGCUGCCCUGGUUUCUGUCGCUGUACAUCAACUCGAUGCCUAUGAUCUUCGCGUUCCGCAUCGUCGACUGUUUCAUGGCCAUGGGGCCGAAGGUGCUCUUCCAGGUGGGUCUCGCCAUCCUCAAGAUCAACGGUGAAGAACUGCUGCAGGUGACCGACGAUGGCGCUUUCAUCAACCUGAUCAAGGGCUACUUCCGUUCGCUGGGCGACAGCGCACAUCCGAACAGCACCAAUCCACGUCACCGACAGAUCACCAACUUCCAGGAGCUGCUGGUAGUGGCGUUCCGCGAGUUUGGUAUCAUCACGGACGAGACUAUUGCGAGCGAACGCCGACGCUUCCGACAAGAGAUUGUGCAAGAGAUUGAGCUGUUUGCCAAGCGCAGCGCGAUCCGCAACCUCAAGCACCACGGUCGCUUCUCCAAGGAGCAGAUCGGACUCAUCUACGAUCAAGUGGUUGAAUCCAUCUACCGGGCAAGACACGCGCCCGGAGCGGUCACCGACGCCAAAGCCAAUCCGAACGCCGGCAUCGUAGCCAACGAUCCUAAGGAGGUGAUGGAGAAGGCGCUGGCGCGGGACGCGAACAAGGAGAGCGGUGAGGAAGCGCUCAACGACUAUAAGGAGAUGCGCAUCGACUUGAAGACGUUCCGACUGUUCCUGGGAGAGGUAGCGACGUGGGCACGAGACGAGUACGUCGUCUCGAACGGCUUUCAAGAGCGGGUGGAGAGGCGGGUUCCGGAGCACGAGACGGUGGCACGGCUCUUCCGCUUCUGGGACAAGGAGAAGCGCGGGACGCUGUCACUGCAGGACAUAGUGAGUGGACUAGACGCCAUCAUGUUUAAUCAGGACGACGUGAUGGCAAGCAUCCAGUGGGUCUUUGAGCUGCAUUCCGAAGGACGGCCUUCGUUGACCAAGGACGAAGUGCUGCGGCUGAGCGAGUCGCUGCUGUUCUUCUUCCGCAACGAGUCGAACGACGGCUACUUGGGGGCCGUGUCUCAGCUCAUCGCGCAGGCAUUCGAGCAUGGUGGCGAGGGAAGCUACGAGAACAAGGCGUCGGCUGCGUCCGCAACGGCGUCCGCAGCGAAUCCGGAAGCUCUGGUGUGA